ACAUCUACUUUCAUUCACGAUUCCUCGUAUGUGCGCGCACGGUGCGUACUCCGAAGCCCGGCGAACGUUAAUAUAACCUCAAAGUUCUUCUUUGAAAGAAAAAGUUAAUUUUGAGCGAGUGCAAUGUCGACAUUAAUGUCGAGAUCCGUUGCGUUAUUGAGCAGGAGUCACAAUGCCUUUACGAAGUUUAGAUAUAUGAACACGUCGUGCGCGUUACGUCAACAGUCCAGCUUGCCCAAGCAACCGCCAAAGGUCAAAAAGGGAUCGCCAAUUACAUGGAAAAGCUUGACAGUCUCUGGCAUUGUUGGUGUUGGUCUCGUGUUUUAUAUGAAUUACCUUAGAGAGAUGAAAGAUAAGACCAUGGCGCGGGAGAGAAGACGGCAGUUGGGCAAAGCCAAGAUCGGUGGCAAAUUCGAGUUGGUGAACACGGAGGGGAAGAUAGUGAAGUCUGACGACUUCCUGGGGCAGUGGGUGUUGAUAUACUUUGGAUUUACGCACUGCCCGGACGUCUGUCCCGACGAGAUCGAGAAGAUGACGAACGUGGUGGACGCUCUCGAGAAGGAACACAAUUUAAAGAUACAACCAAUUUUCAUAUCAGUGGAUCCAGUCAGGGAUACGCCCACUGUCGUCGACAAGUACGUCAAGGAGUUCUCCGAUAAGAUCAUAGGUCUCACUGGCAGUAUCGAACAGGUUGGACAAGCGUGCAAGGCGUACAGAGUUUACUUCAGUAGCGGCCCCAAAGACCAGGAUGACGACUAUAUCGUGGAUCACACCAUCAUUAUAUACUUGAUAGACCCAGAAGGCUUGUUCGUGGAUUACUACGGGCAAACGCAUGACGCAGACAAGAUUGUGACUAGCAUCCUUAUAAACAAGUUGAAAUUUGAUCAAUUAAAGGACGACUCUUCUUCCUGGAUGCCAUCGUUGCCGAUCAAGGGAUUGUUAUAAGCGUUGCGACAUUCCUGUAUACAGAUAAUUUUUCAAAGUCAGUAUUGUGCUGCAGGCAAUUUUUAUAUGUCGUACAUUAAUAUUACACGUCCA